UCCAGAGAGCGAGAGAGAACAAGAGAAAGAGAGUGGAAGAGAACGAGAGAAAGAGAGGAAGAGAGAGAGAGAGAAACAGAGCGGGAGGGAGGGAGAAACAACAGAUGAGAGCUUGAGAGAGAGAGAGAGAGAGAAAGCGAAAGAAAGCGAGUGAGCACAAGAUAGAAGGGGACGGGUAGUGAGAGAGAGCACUCUGAACGGGAGCAGUCGAAGGCUCCAGCCAUGGCAGUGUUGUGUGUGUUGGGGAGGCGAUGAGAGGAGGCAGCCAUGGCUAUGUCACUGAGCGCGGACGAUGAGGAUUACGACUCCGACAGCACAGAGCAGCAGCGCCCUCCUAAUCGGCCUAAACCCAAGAUGGCCACGGCGGCAUCCGCGUCGCUCUCCACGCCGGGGUCGGCGGGGGUCAAACUGCCGUCCAACCGCAGCGCCUCGGGCGCCCGGCGGCGACGCACGCGCUGCAGGAAGUGCGAAGCGUGCGUGCGGACGGAGUGCGGCGAGUGCCACUUUUGCAAGGACAUGAAGAAGUUCGGCGGGCCCGGGCGCAUGAAGCAGUCGUGUAUCAUGAGGCAGUGCAUCGCGCCGGUCCUGCCGCACACAGCCGUGUGUGUGGUGUGCGGCGAGGCGGGGAAGGAGGACACGCUGGACGAGGAGGAGGAGAAGUUCAACGCCAUGCUCAUGGAGUGCUCCAUCUGCAACGAGAUCGUUCACCCCAACUGCCUGAAGGUGAAGGACGUGGCCGGAGUGGUGAAUGACGAGCUACCGAACUGUUGGGAAUGCCCUAAAUGCAAUUACGCAGGGAAAACAGGAAAAGUCGUCAAGCAAAAACGGGGACCAGGGUUCAAAUACGCGUCCAACCUGCCGGGCUCGUUGCUGCGGGAGCAGAGGCUGGGCCGCGAGGCGCGCGACGACGGGGACCAGACGCCCUCGGCCUCCUCCGCCGGCGCCGGACUCGGACUCGGACUCGGAGUCGCCCUCGGGGCCAGCGGGGUCAGUCCGGCCGGGUCUCUGGGCGUGUCGGCGCCGGGGUCCCUCGGCGCCCUCUCCUCCUCGCUGGGCCUGAAGCGGAAGAUCGAGCGAGACGAGCCGCCCCGACUGCGGCCGGACGAGUCCUCGGGCCCGCCCACCAGUCGCCUGCCCCCGCUGCUCACGCCCAGCGGCCUGCCGCGCCCGCGGCCCGAGAUCCCGGCGUUCCUGCGCAAGAAGAGGAAGCUGUUCGAGGACGACGAUGAGGAGGAGCAGCAGGAGGAGGCCAACGCCAGGAGGAAGAAGAAAUCCUGGAGAGAUGAUCCUCUGAUCCCGAAAUUCUCUCACGUCAAGAAAGAGGAGGAGGAAGAGGAGGAGGAGGAAGAGGAGGAGGAGCGGUCAGAGAGAGAACAAGACGAGGAGGAAGAGGAGGACGACAAGCACGCGGUCAAGCGCCUGUCCAGACUGGACGAGAGCCGGUGCGGCCGGCUGAAGCAGGAGGAGGACGACGGGGAGGAGGAGGACGAGGAGCAGGACGAGGAGGAGGAGCGCGGCAGCCGGCGGAGCGAGCGCAGCCGCAGCCCCGGGCCGCUCCGAGCCACGCCGGCCUCGCUGGAGAGCGACCAGUCGCUGGGCAGCUCCCCGCGCGCCGGGCCCAGCAGCGAGGGUGGCGGCAGCGGGGACGGCGGCCCGGAGAGGACCCCACCGACCCGCACCUCCCGGGGGUCCGCGCACCCCCACGCCCAGCCCCAGAACCAGCCCCAGGCCCAGCCUCAGCCUCACCCCCCCGGCCACCAGCACCAGAGCCAGCACCAGCACCAGCAGCAGCACCAGCAGCAGGCCCGGCGGCGGCGUCGGCUGCCCAACCGCGAGCUGAGCAGCGAGCUGAGCAAGGAGCUGAACCUGGAGAUCCAGCGCACCGAGGACACGCUGGCCAACGAGAACCGCCAGCCGCUGCGCCACGACCCGGCCGACUCGGACCGCGACGAGCGCGAGGCCAGCGAGAACGAGGAGCCCAAGCGGCCCUACCGCAACGGCACGGGCCACGGCAACCCGCUGGCCGGCCUGAGAGACGGGCGCGGCGGCGGCGGCGGCGGGGAUCUGGAUCGGGUCGGCGGCGGUGGAGGAGGAGGAGGGGGAGGGGGGGGCGAGAGGCCACACCUGCGCGCCCGCGAGAUGAACGGCACGCCGUGGGAGCUGCGCCACUUCUACGGGCCGCCGCAGAUCACGCCGCUGGGCUUCAACCGCAGCUCGCCCACCGUCCGCCCGCUGCCGCCGCGCUCGCCGCCCAAGUGCGUCCAGAUGGAGCGGCACGUCGUCCGGCCGCCCCCCAUCAGCCCGCCGCCCGAGCGCCUGCCGCUGGCCGACGGACGCAGCCACGUGGCCCAGCGCGAGCUCUGGCUGGCCAUCUUCAGUCACAUGAGCCACCGCGACCUGUGCGUCGGCAUGCGCGUCUGCAAGACCUGGAACCGCUGGUGUUGUGACAAGAGACUGUGGACGCGUAUUGAUCUGAACCGCUGCAAGUCCAUCACUCCUCUGAUGCUGAGUGGAAUCGUGCGCCGACAGCCCGCCACUUUGGACCUCAGCUGGACCAACAUCUCCAAGAAGCAACUCAGCUGGCUCAUCAACAGACUACCAGGUCUGAGAGUGCUGCUGCUGUCGGGCUGCUCGUGGGUGGCCGUGUCUGCCCUGUGCACCUCGUCCUGUCCGCUGCUCAGGACUCUGGAUGUCCAGUGGGUGGAGGGCCUCAAGGACGCCCAGAUGAGGGACCUGCUCUCCCCUCCCACCGACAACCGCCCAGGUCAGAUGGACACACGCAGUAAGCUGAGGAACAUAGUGGACCUGCGCCUGGCGGGCCUGGACAUCAGCGACAGCUCCCUGCGGCUCAUCAUCAAGAGCAUGCCCCUGCUGUCCCGUCUGGACCUCAGCUACUGCAACCACAUCAACGACCAGUCCGUCAACCUGCUCACCGCCGCAGGCACCACCACCAGAGACUCCCUCGCAGAGGUCAACCUGUCAGUGUGCAACCGAGUGACCGACCAGUCGCUGUCCUACUUCAAGCGCUGCGGCAGCAUCUGCCGGAUCGACCUGCGCUUCUGCAAGCAAGUGACGAGACAGGCGUGCGAGCGCUUCAUCGCCGAGAUGUCGGUCAGCGUGCCGUUUGGCCUGCGCGAGGACAAGCUUCUUCAGAAGCUCAGCUAGUCCGUCACGUUCGGGGACAUCGUUGUAAACCUUCGAACGUAUGACAAGCAAACCGUAGGCCACCAAAACUCCACCCCCACUUUGCACUAAAAUUUAUAAAGGAAAAAAAAGAAACAUUUGCAUAUUUUGGGGGAAAUUCAGAUUGUUUUGUUGUGUUUGGAUUUGUUUUGUUUGUGCUCGUUUCCUCGGAUGGGCCAGGCCUCUCAGUGGGGAUGGACAAGAUGAGAGAAGAUAUCGGACUGGGAAAUGUUCAUCUCCCAUUAAGAUGAUGACGGAUGUGGACAGUCACAGAUACUCUUAACAUGGCAUACACACACACACACACACACACACACACACACCCGUGCAAGUCCACAGGACCAGUAGCUGAGCAAGGCACAAGAUCUCUCGGCAGGUCCCAUAAUGGAGGCAGGGUGCCCCACCCAGGCAGUAGUGGCUCUGUGCAGACAAACCCAGCAUGACGGUGUUUGUUCGUGCCGGCAAGGCAACUCACCACCCUUUUUUUUGUACAAAAAGGAGAAAAAGAAAACCAUGUUGUAAGAUUUCAGGCUGUGUGAAAUCAUUUUUUUGUUUUUUUUGUUUGUUUGGUUAUUUUUGCUAUGUUCAAAAGUUGCAUUUUUAUAAAUAUAUAUAUAAAUAUAUACAGUAUAUAAUGAUAAUAACGUAAACUCAUUAUUUUCUGUUGCCUCGGUAUGUUGUUUUUGUUCUUCUCUGUAUGUAUACAGUAUUGAAUGCACUCCAGGAUGGCCGUCUAAGGUCCUACAUUUCUCUUUUGAGACCACACUCCUCUUUCUUCUCUCCUUGUCUGUUGCUUUCAAGGUUGUUCUAGUAUAUUCUGAGUGUCGUGCUCUAGCGUGUUCCAGUGUUGAGGUCUUAUUUCAAAACAGUGCCAUACAUCACAUUACCCAUCAUGCUUAGCCCUCACACCCAAUUGGAGUGUGUGUGUGUGUGUGUGUGUGUGCGUGUGUGUGUGUCUGUGUGUGCGUGUGUGUGUGCGUGUGUGUGUGUGUGUGCGUGUGUGUGUGUGUCUGUGUGUGCGUGUCUGUGUGCGUGUGCGUGCGCGUGUGUGUGUACAUACACACAUACUGCAGCCAUGGCCCCUCAAGAGGCGCUACAUACAUUCAAACAGUGUUUCAUCAUAGGAAAAAUAAGUGUCUGGUGUUCCUUAACUAUGUAGCCAUUCGGACGUGCUAAAGGGGACUACAGAGAUUAAUUGCUGGGUAAGGAUGGGCUGUUUGACUGGACCUGUCGUGUCGUCAUGUUGUUGGGGCUUUGGGAGUUGCACUUAUGUCAAUACCCAAUUAAUGUGUUAUGUCCUUGGCACUCGGUCAGACACAAAUCCUAUUCUUUCCAUCGCCUAGUUCAGGUUGUUGUCAUGUAGCCUUGGGCUAACCAAGAUGAAUGUGGAGGGCUCACUUCAGAUGGCAACAUUAUACAGCAGAGAUUUAGAUAAUACUAAGCUAUUAUUUUAAUGAUUAAGAAUUAAGUAACAAUGAUUAUUGUUGUGAUCAGAAUAAUUAUUAUUAUAAUUUACUAUAAUAAUGCUCUACAUUUUUCUCAGGAUAUUCAGACCAGGGGAGCUAGUUUGUGCCAUUGGUUCAUUUUGUGUUUAAAAACCACUUUAAAUUAAAGUUAUACACACUUCCACACGCCACCAUGUACAUUUGGCUAUUUAUAUUUGUAAAUUCUUAAAAAAAAAGAAACUGAUAUGAAUGUGAUUAAAUGUAUAUUUCUCUGA